UAUAUUGAUUGUCCACACAUUCAUUUUUAUCAGAAUAUACUAUUUUUUAGGUUAAAGGAAUUGGAAGUAGCACCAACUCCAGAACAAAAGCAAGAAAUCCUAAGGCUAUUCAAACUUGAAAGUGAACCAAUAGUAGAAAACCAAUAUGAUUACAUUGUGAAAAUAAUUCACGGACUAUUACAAGAUGAGAAAUUCAAUAGUUUUUUUAAUAUUCGAAAGGGCAAGAUGUUAGUUUUGAGACUUUUACCACAUUUAGCAGUAGACGUGUUUUCAUCUCAAUUGUUAGAAUUGUGGAGUAGAGUUCUACUUAGUUUACCAAUAGUUGGUAGAAGAGAUACGGCAGGAGAUAAUAUUUUACCGAAAUUUUAUCCUUUCUUCAAGCGCUUUGUCCAAACUUGUAGUAUAUCAGACAUUUUAGAUAUUGUCACAGGAUUGGUGGAAGUGGUAAGGCAAGAAAAUAACAGAAGUACACCUCUCAGUCAUGUAGGAAAGUCACCGUUAUAUUUUAUAUUAAUGAAUAAGUUUGGUACAUCAGCUUUAGUGAUAUUACUUAUUAGAGUGGAGUAUUUGAUAACAACAGAUUCAGUGUCUGAAAAGCAACAAAACAACUGGUUCAACUACUUGACAAGUUGGGCUCAACAAACCGAAGCAGUGAGCAAACUUGCUACCCCCAUAGAGUUAAUUCCUUCACAAAUCUUUAUAAAACAUUGCAAUCGUUUUAACCAUUUGAAACCAGACAAAAAAUUGCUGUUAGAAAAACACUUUGUUGAUUCUGAUGUUUAACUAUUUUUAGGAGUCAUUCUUUUUAUUGAAUAGAGAUUAAUUCUAUUACCUCCAGAUGUAAAAUAUUCAUACUAAAACCAUUUUUCAAGAAGUAUUGGAUUUUAAGGCAAAUGUCAAUGAAUUGAAAUACUCGUGUUGUUUUUAACUUUUUAUAUUUUUGAAAAUCCAGAUUAUUUCACUUCUAUCUAUGAUCAUUACCGCCACCAAACAGAAAAGCUUGAAACUACAGGAACUUGAUAAUAUUAACUGAGCAUUCCAGGCCAAUUAGAGGAAAAAUUACAUUGAAAUGAGGAAUUCAUGUAUUUCAUAAUAAUUUCAAACAUUAUUUAAAAAAGAAUUGCAAAUAAAGCCCUUUUAUCUCUUUCGUUGAUGAUUAUUUUAUAUCGAAAUGUACUUUAUAUGAGAAAUCUCAUCUUGAAUUCAUCGCCAAAUAAAAUUUUUCUUCAUAUAGAGCAUCCAGUAUUCUCAUAUACAGUUGUCCAAAAAAAAUAAUAGCGAUAUUAUUUUAUUCCAACCACUAGCGGUAGAAUAACUACAAUUAUGUAAUCCAAAGAAUUGCGCAGAUUAACGUUGAUAUUAAUGAUUUCGAUUGAGUAUUUCUAGUUCCAUACCAUUCCAUUUCUAAGAUUCCUUUAUAAUUCACGUUGUCAAUCGAGAAUAGGUGAAAUUGUUUUCCUAAUAUCUGUAAAACGACCCUGCCUAAAUUAUUGAGUAUGCAUAAAUCAAUAUCUACAUAUUACUUGUAUUAUUGACAAAAUGAUAAACUGCUAAAAUCUUGAACUAGUAGUAUUGUGGAGGACGUGAUUUAUUGUUGAAACAGUUGAUUGUGACCUGUAUUCAUAUUUUGGACAAAUGCAUGAUAUAUCUCGUGUGAUCCAUCAAUAUGUUUCAGCUAGUUAUAGAACAUUUAAGCUAUGGUGGCAGUUAACUUCACCAAUUCGUUUUUAUUUUCUUUAUUAUAAUGAAUCACUAGAAUUGCACUGGAUUUUGGCAUUCUACCUAGGCAAACAAAAACUUAGAUAAUAUUUUUUUUGGAAAGUCGUUUUUGUGUGUUUCUUGGUAGGCCUGAUGUUUCUCUUGGCUUCAAACCAACCCUGGUUAGAGAGGAUGACAGUUUUAAAGUGUUUGGUGGUGGCCACCCUAAAUCAAUAUUUGAGGUUCUACAGUAGUUUUAUUCAGAGGGUUCCAGUAAUAUAAAGGAAGUAACAGGAAAUAUUAAUUUCUAUACUAUUAUCCUUAUUUGAAAUAAUCGUGAUUUUCUGAAUUUGAAGAAUUGUUCUGUUUUGAUUGUACUUUCAAAAAGAAUUAUAAAUAGUUUGAACUUGUGAGUAGAAAGAUGAAAAUUGUUUGUCAUUGAUCUGAAAGACCUUGUUUCAAAUAUUUUUUCCGUUACUGGCAUGUUCCUGAAAAUUAUAUUUACCUUUAGUAAGUGAAGAAUUCAAAAUAAAAUAUGGUAUGGUUUUGGAAACAACGUUAUCUUCACUUAUCUGAUACCACUAAAUCUUGAUAAAAACUGAGUAAAUGCUUAAUUUUACAUGUCAAGUAUCUCAUUGGGAAUUAUAAUUUUUGUUUACUGCAAAGCAUAUUUAAAGAAAUAGAUUAGUCCGUUAGUGAAUAUUGGGACACUGAAUGAGGCACAUCCAAACUAAUAAAUUUCAUUUACCUAAUUGCAAGUUGUUACUCCAAAUACUCUCCACGUUUCUACUUUUCCCCACGACAGAUUUUAAAAUGAUGAAAUUUCAACAGACGAGAUUGCUUAGUGGAUUGUGAUUUCUGAACAAAUGUUAAAAAAUGUAAAAUCAUACAUUAGUUAUACCUUAGUAAUUGUGAAUAAUAUAUCACUUGUGUCUUAUGUUAUUUUACUAUUCUUUUAGAAAUAACAUACGGUAGGAUCCCAGAAAUAUUGUGACUAAAAACAAAUUGUUUAAUUUGUCUAAUUUGACAAUGGUUUUGUACAAAAUAGAGAAAUAGAACCUAUAUUUUUAAAA